AUGGAAUUCCACUACACGCCAACGCGCAGCAGUUAUGCGCAGCGUCUGCGCGCCAUCAGUGAGUCCUUCGACUUCCCAACACGUGUGGCACUUAAGUUCAAGGAGUUUCCACCGCAAACCGGUGGGGAGAACAUAACAGCACUUGAUAUCGGCUGUGCAACCGGUGCUUCUUCACUUGAGAUGAGCAAAUAUUUCGACCGCGUGGUUGGCAUCGAUUACUCUGAGACUUUCGUCCACCUCGCGCAGGAGUUUGUUAGGAAGGGGGGCAAGAGCCGCAGCUUCCGCAUGGAGUACACUGCGCCUGACCAGGGAGACAUCGUGGUGGAGCGCACUGUGCGCGUGCCGUUUGGGACGUUUCCGAAGCGCUGCCAGUUCUUUCGCGGUGACGCGAUGCAUCUGCUGGCCAGCGAAGGGAAUGGUGCGGCAGUGCCGAGUCCUGCGAGCCGCUACGACGACGUGUCAUGGUACCAGGUGCCGUGCGACGAGCGCUUCGACGGCGUGCUGGCGGCCAACCUGCUGUGCCGCGUGCCGGACCCGCGCAAGCUGCUUGAGGUGUUCCCACGGCUGCUGCACAAGGGUGGGGU